GCUUUUCAAACAAACAUGCCGGGUUCAUCGCUUUGGCUGCUGCCACCAGCGGACCACCCGCUGAACAAAGUCCUGCCGGGGCUCAUCGACCAAACAUCCAAGUCGUUCGGUUCCCCGCACCGCUUCCUUCCGCACGUCACCUUGACUUCGGAGAUAUCGCCAUCCAAAUACGGUUCGGAUGGCCCGGCUUGGUUGAGCGCUCUCGACCUAGGCCCAGCAAAGGACGUUCGGGUCAACCUUGAGCGUCUUGGCAGCGAUGAUUUCUUUUUCCGCAAGCUUUACAUCAAAUGCGAAAAGGACGGCGGGUUGAAGACGCUAGCAAAGCAGUGCAGGAAACACGUCGAUGGCUAUGCGGACGAGAAAACAGCCCAAGACUGGGCCAAAGAGGCGUAUAUGCCGCAUGUCAGUUUGAUGUACCAUGACUGUCCCCAGGUAGAUGAAAAGGAGCUAGUGGCAGUGGACACGCUUGAGGUUAAGCUCGGCGGAACCGGAGACAUGAGCGGCUGGGUCGGUGGCAGAGUGGUGCUUGUUCCGACCGACAAACCCAUUGAUCAAUGGGUACCCAUAGCCGAACGGGUGAUUUGAUCAGGAGUGAAUUUGUUGCGAAACAAGGUACAAUGGCAGCAGUAUUCAAUGCAAGACGAACGAAGAUCAAUUCAAUGUUGGUCGUUAUUAAGCUAAUAUUACAAUGUCAUAGGAAGUUGUCCUUGGUAUCUCGCUUCCAAGUGUGCUGGUUGCGUCAUGUCGUAGCGGUAUGCAUUUAUUUGAAAAAGCCGGCCUUUCCGUCCCCAUCGGCGUCCACCUCUGCGAGAAAAGUAAGUAAGCGGCCUCUCUAAGUAGGCAUUAUAUAUACGUACUAGGGUUGAGCUUGUCCAUGAGGCUGGGUUUGUGUUUACCUGUCUAAUGUU